AUGAACAGCUUUAUGACGCCGAAAUACCUCUCGGCUAGUGCUCCUUUGAUGAGCAGCAGCUUGAGCACCAGCGUUAAGUACGCUGCAGACGACAAUCUCGAGGCAAUAGAGAUAAUCAAGAACUUCGAUUUGCUACCCUUGACAAUGGACAUUUUACAGGACUUGGAUAACAACAAGAUCAAAAUCAACGAUUUGAACAAUCUUGCUAGCAAAAUACGGUUAAGAAUCCAGAGAUAUAGAGACUUGGUCAGAAACCUAGAAGGAAUAACUGAGACUUCAACUGAUCGAAAAUUAGAGAUUGAUACCUUGAAUAAUCAAAUAAACCUGAAAUAUCAAUUUUUAAAUCAUUUGAAGAAUCAAAUCAGUCAGAUUUUUCAAUUAGAUCCGAAUCAAAUUGACAAUAUUUCUGAUAAUAUUCCCAAUAACAACAACAUUAAUACUAACAAUCAUCAAAUCCCAAUUCAAAUUAACUUAGUUCUUCCUGAUGGCUCACAAUCAAUAAAUAAUUUCUCUGAUAACGAAUUAAUUUCAUCUCAGCAGAAAUUAAAUUCAGUUCAUAAUACCCCAAUCACAACUCAAAACGAUAUCAAAUCAGAAUCUGAUACUAAAAUCGAUAAUAAAUUUAAAACUGACCAACUAUUUAAUCAAUUAAGCACUUCCCUAUCCAACAUUGACCCUUCAGUCUUUCAUUCUCUAAAUAAAAAAAAUGAUAAAAAUGAUAAAAAAUUUAUUUCAAUCAAUUCAGAUAAUGCCAUAAAUAAUAUGAACAUGAAUAACAUAAACAAUAUGAAUAAUAUGACCAAUAUGACUAAUAUGAAUGGUAUGAAUAAUAUCAACAAUAAUAACCAAAAUCAAAAUCAAAAUCUUAUCAGUAAAUACUCCUCAAAUGAUCUUCUUCAAUUGCAACCCUUUUCUAAUAUCAAUGAUGAUUAUACUUCAAAAACUGCUUCAGUCUCUAGUUCAAUUCCAAAUAACAAUAACAUUCAAAAUAAUAACCAAAAUAAUAACAUUAACGCCAUUAACAAUAAUGAUUACAAUUUGCCAAAUGAUUUGAAUUUUGAUUUAUUAGGUAAUAGCCAAGAUAUUAAAAAUAAUAAUAAUAACGAAGAAAAUAACGAAAAUUAUGUUGACUUUGAUGAUAUCAUGAAAGAUAUCAACCUGGAUUUCGAAUUCUAUUAA